GUGCCAUCGCUGUGCCAGCUCAGCCUGCCGCAGCAGGGGCCCUGGGGAGAGCAGGCAGCGCAUCCCAGGAGCCUGACCAGGGAUCCUGGCAUCUACGUGUGGCUCUGCAGCUGCCAGAGAUGGUUUCCCUCUCUACCUGCAAGCAGGCAGUGAUUGCCACCUAACCCUGUGGCUUGGAAAGAACAUGAUCGAACAGACCCAUAAGUGCAUCACACUGUGACUGAGGGCAGCUGGUGGGGUAUGCCCUGUCACCCUGAGUCCUGCCCUCACCCUGUACAGGGCCAUAACCUUUGCAGGCGUUCCUGAACGCCCAAGGCCAGGGCUUUGUGUGGAACCUGCUCCCCUCCUGGCUGCUGUUCUUCACCAGGAGGUGGCAGUUGGAGGAUGCAGCCACUUAGACACCCCUGUGUCCAUCCCUUGGGCCCCAGCACUGCCCUCUGUCAGGGUGCCUCUCCCUGCCAGCAGCAGGAGGGCAUCGUGCCUACCCCAAGCAUGUGGGGAGCUGUGCUGGGAGCAGCCAUGCGGGGCUGGGGCACAGGCAGCGUGCAUCCAUCGCGUGAGGAGCGAUGUCUGUCUGCUCAAGCUCCUCCGCUUUCUCUCCUAGGAACCAGUUGAACCAGCGGGCGAGGAGCGGUGCCCAACCUCGCUGCAGUGCAGGGGUUGAGGUGGCUGUGUCACUGGGAGAAGAGGGGACAAGCAGGACGUGCCAGGCUCCAGCAGCUCCCAGCCUGGACAAGCCGUGAGCAGCUCCUGUGGCACAGCACCGGGUGACAGGACAUGGACCAGCAGGUGGGGCAAGAGCCCAUGAAGGUGCUCGGAGUGAUCUUGGGUGUCGGGCUGGCCUUGCUGAUCCUGGUGGGCUUUGGCUACAACUUCAUCCGGUGGUACCAGAGGGGCCAGUGCUGGUGCCGGCCUGACUUCAUUUUCAACCUCUACCACACCUGUGGGUCGGUGGCGGUGGAGCUGGUGCCACCAUUCAGCAUCAGCGGCUCGCUGAGCGAGGCAGGGAGCAGCUACACGCCCUUCCACAACCAGGGACCAUGAGCAGGGGCCGGGAUGUGCAGGUAGGAUGUUCCCUGCUCCUCCCCGACUGGUGGUGGUGAGGGGGUCCCUGGAGUUAUGUGCCCGGGAGAAGCUGGUAUUUGGGGUGGCUGGAGCAGUGGGUCUGUGCCCCAGAGCAUCCGUGCCUCCUCGGAGCUCUUGGUCAUCGCAGCUUUCCCUGGGAUAAUCCCAAGGCUUUUCCUGUGAAAGUCCUCUUCACGCCUGUGGGGCAUCAGGGGCUUUCCCUGAGCUCUGGUUCUGUGUGGGUGUCCCAGUGCAGGCUUUGGUUUGCAUUUCCUUCCCCAUGCCCUCUGUCCUCAGCCUGGGAUGGGACACGAGGCUGGGAGCGAUGGCUGCGUAGAGGCUGUGUGCUCACUGUGCAGCUUCCCCAUGCUGCCUCACAGCCACCUCCCAGCACCCACAGAAAGAGCAACCAAAAUCAGCUUAGGGGAAUUCCUGUGUUCUUUCUUCUUUAAAACACAGCCCCUCAAUGUGCUGGGUUUCCACUGAAACCACCGGUGCAGUUUCUGUGUUUUACAAGAGCUUCUCCAUCUGCUUCCCACAGCUGCAUUCCCCUUUUGGCCCUCCUUGAGCAUGGGAAGGUGCCCGGGGCCGGCUGCCAUCCCCAUGCACUGCCACAGCCUCCCCUUGCUUGGGCUGGAGGAAGAGGGAGCUGCCUUAUCCCAGGCUUCCUCACUGUGC